AUUUUCGAGUAAGCCUCAAGUUCAGUGUAUUAACAAUCUCCUACGACAUUUUCCCGUGGGUUGCUAACUCAGGCCAAGCCUCUUAGCUCUUCUCACAUCUGCUACUAUUGAAUUCUGCUCUUAGGCGAAACUACUGAUACCUUCUUAAUCUUAACUCUUCAUCCCGCCAUCACCGAGCCUCAGCGCUUCGCUAAACGGUUCAGCUUCCUAAUCCCGUCGCCGUGGCAGCGCAAUUUCCGGCGAUAGACACUUCUGUAGAACCCCCGCAUUGCGGAUGGCGGUUUGAAGAAGCCACGUGUCCGCUUCCCGUUGGAGAAUCAUGGGAGCGUGUCUGUCCACUGAAUCCUCAUCCAACGUUCGGAAGAAGCGUACAAGCAAGCCCCCCAGGGCUCCAGGGGGGGUUCAGCCCCGCAGUCUAUCAGUUGGGGGAGAGGAGGAGGGAGGGGGAGAGGGCCGGGUCGGGCGAGGGGGAAGGGGGAAUGGGGGGGGAGUGGCAGCAUGCAUGGGGGAAUGGGGGGGAUGGGGGAGGAGAAUUGGGGGAGGAGGGGGAGGGGGAGGAGGAGGCGGUGGAGGAGGAGGGGGGGGAGGAGGGGGGUACGGCUCCAGACGAAGAUCGCCUGCCAGAAUACAGUUAGGGGCUUCACACGCUAGAUCUGCUUCAAAUAGGUCUUUAAAUGCCUCGCCUGCUAGAUCGCUAGGGUCUCCCACUCGAUCUGUAGGCUCGCCUGUUAAUCCACACUUUCGGCCGCAGCAGCAGCAUGGGCAGCAGCAGGAGGGUAAUAAGUACGGGCAGGGCUUUAGAGAGCAAGAGCAGGGGAACGGGCAGAGGAACGGGCAGGUUGCGAAAAAACGUCCGCCGGGUUUCCCCCGGUCAAAUUCCUCACCCGGAAAAUUUCUCGACCAGCUGCCCGACGUGGUUCUUUCGGAGCUUGCCCCAGAUUCUCUGCACCGAUUCUCUUACGAUGAGCUGGCGGCAGCAACCAAUGGGUUUGCGCCAGCUCAGCUAAUCGGCGAAGGGGGCUUUGGGCAGGUGGCGGUUAAACAGCUAAGGGAGGAGUCGAAGCAGGGAGCCGAGGAGUUUCUGAGGGAGGUGCUGGUGCUGGGGCGCCUGGCCCACGCGCACCUGGUGCAGCUGUUGGGGUACUCCGUCGACCUGGGCGCGUUCCUGGUAUACGAGUUCAUGGAGGGGGGCAGCCUCGACUACGCCCUCACCGACAGUGCAAAGGGCGAGCUGUACUUUGACUGGUCCAUGCGCCUCAAGGUGGCGGUGGAGGUGGCAGAAGCCCUUACCUACAUGCACCGGUGUAAUUUCAUUCACCGCGAUAUCAAGGCUGCUAACGUGCUGCUGAAAUCGGACUACUCGGCAAAGCUGACUGAUUUCGGCAUGGUGCGGGUGGGUCCGGGGGGUCAGCUGCGGUCUAUCGUGUCAACGAGGAUCAUGGGCACAGAGGGAUACAUCGACCCCAGCUACCUAGAAACAGGUCACCUGGGGGCCAAGAGUGACGUCUAUUCCUUCGGCGUGAUCCUCCUAGAGCUCCUAACUGGGCAGAGAGUGCAAGAACAGGGUAACCACCUGGUAACUGCGCGCCGGCAGCAGUUCCAGGAUCUAACCCUGCCCUCGCAGCACUACGCCGACCCUGGGAUGCAAGGGAGGUACCCCGAGCUGGGGGUGCGUCAGCUGGCGACGCUGGCGAAGCACUGUGUGGCGGAGGAGAGGAAGAAUCGGCCGAACAUGGAGACAGUUCUGCUGCAAUUGAAGGAGAUUAGGGACGUUCCUGUGGUGGCGGAUAGAGGAAGCACGUUUUGAGGUGGGCUUAAAGGGUGGCGCUGGCAAUCCCUGGCUGGCGAGGCGCUGCGUGGCCGAGGAGAGGCAGAAUCGGCCGAACUUGGAGAUGGUGCUGCUGCAGUUGAAGGAGAUCAUGGGCGUUCCUGUGGCGGCGGAUGGAAUACUUUCUGAGGCAGCUCAUUGGGAGGUUGCGCUGGCAGUACAGCUCACUGUGUGACAGAGGAGAGGCAGAAUCAGAGGGGGUUCUGCUGCAGUUGGAGACGCUGGUAACGCACUGUGUUGCAGAGUGGCGGAUAGGUUGAACAUGGAGAUUGGUCUGCUGCAAUUGCUGUAUAUGCCCACUACUCCGCACUGUUGGAAAGGUGGGGAAAUAUGUUAAAUUUUAUAUUUGAUAAAUAUAUAAUGGUAGGCUUG